AUGACCGAGACUUCUACCAGCGGCACAGGAAGGGAUAUCGCCGAGCGAGGCACUGGCCAGUUGUUUCAGAGUCACCCUAUAGAGUUGGAGAAAACAGAGGGUAAACGGUAUCAGAAUCGUCUUGCGCAGCACGAGCUUGGGGUGAACAGCGCUUCAUCGGGCAGUCUGCAGUGGGAAUUAAUCUAUCGUCGCUCAUCUUCUCUUGGAGUGAAGAGCCGACGCCAUGAAGCAGGAUGGAAAUGGGCAGACGGCACUACACCUUGCCGCAAAGAAUGGGUCAAAGUCUUACUCGAAAGAACCACAGAUCUCAACGCGACAGAUUAUCUGGGACGCACGGAGUUGUUUCUAGCUGUUCAGAGUGAAAGUGAAACGGUGGCAAAGCUGUUAUUAGAAGCUUCAAUUGAUAUGAAUUGGAAAGAUACAUCGGGGAACGUUGCUCUUCAUCUGGCAAUUGAACGCGGUUCCGAGUCAUUGACGCUUCUUCUGCUCAAAUAUGGUGCCAAUAUCGACGCAUAG